UUCCAUGGGCAAAGCAUCAACUAUAGCUAUACAAGAAUCAUCGACCACUACUUGUACACAAGCAAAAGUUCCAUCAACUUAACAUGGCCUCCUCCAACUUCUUUCUUCCCACAGCUCUCAUCGCUUUGGUCGCUACUCAGGCCAUGGCUUUUGAUCCCAGUCCUCUUCAGGACUUCUGCGUUGCCGACAGGAACUCUCCAGUACGUGUCAAUGGGUUCCCCUGCAAGGAUGCUAAGGAUGUGAAUGUUGAUGACUUCUUCCUAGAAGCUAACCUCGACAAGCCGAUGGACACAACCAAGAGCAAGGCUGGAUCCAAUGUUACAUUGAUCAACGUGAUGAAACUCACAGGUCUCAACACCCUUGGCAUCUCCAUGGCAAGGAUCGACUAUGCUCCUAAAGGGCAAAACCCACCACACACGCAUCCCCGUGCUACCGAGAUCCUAACGGUUUUUGAGGGUACACUCUAUGUUGGUUUUGUUACAUCGAACCAAGCAAACGGAGAAAACAAGCUAUUCACCAAGACACUUAACAAGGGUGAUGUCUUCGUGUUCCCACAAGGUCUCAUUCACUUCCAGUUCAAUCCAAGCUAUGAUAAGCCAGCAGUUGCCAUCGCUGCACUUAGCAGCCAGAAUCCUGGAGCGAUUACCAUUGCUAAUGCAGUAUUUGGAUCAAAUCCACCAAUCUCGGAUGAUGUUCUUGCUAAGGCAUUUCAAGUGGAUAAGAAGGCCGUGGAUUGGCUCCAAGCUCAAUUCUGGGAGAACAACCACAACUAAAUUAUUGAUGCUUGAUAAGGCUCAAAAUUAGUGAUUGCUAGUAAAAAUGUUUUGUUGAUUGUUGUUAGCUAAAUAUUGUAUACUGUAUAACACUACGCAUCAAUAAUGUAUAACACUACGCACAUAUAUAUGUUACAAGAUGUAUGAUCUAUGGAAUUACUUUAAUAUAUUUGAUUUCUUGGUACUUUUUACA